AAAAAAGAAAAUACACAUCUAUACUAUUUUUUUUCUUAAAUACGUGAGUUAUUUCUCAAAAAUAACCGGAUCAUGGGCCCUAUCAUUGUGCUUAUUAUCUCAACCCUAAACAAGUUUUAUAUAUGCUUCAUGGGAGAGAUUAGGGUUCACUCCCAUAUAUGCUGCAUGCAUAAAUAUUUUCCCUGAGGCCAGUCUCUCGCUCGACUCCGAUCCGAUCCCAACUAACUCCAUAUGGAUGAAAUAGUUGAUGUUUUCUAUAUGCCUGAAGAGUGUCUCAUCGAAAUACUUGCCCGCCUUCCUGUAAAAACAUUGAUCCGCUUCAAGUCGGUCUGCAAAACAUGGCUAUCCAUAAUCUCAAACCCUAGUUUCAUCACCUCUCAACUUCACAAUGCCAUCACUGCCUCCAAGACAAAUCCCACAGUAGCCAUUCUUUCUGAUUACCGACACCAUCACCUCAUCAACGAGGUGUUUCUUGACGUCAGCCGACAUUAUUUCUCCAGCUAUCCCAUCAAUGUUGAUAGUCUUGUCUUUCCGCCUCAGCUGGACUAUUAUUUAGCUAUUAGUAACAAAUCUUAUAAUGGUAUAAUUUGUCUCAUUGACAGAAGUCACGUUGGAUACCUCUGGAAUCCGUCAAUCAGACAGUACUUGAAACUUCCUCCUAGUCCGUACAAAUAUACUUUCCAUUUAGGAUUUGGUUAUGAUUCUAUCUCCGGAUCUUACAAAGUGAUUAGGUUUAUGUUUGGAGAGGAUACGACGGAUAAUUAUGUACCUAUAGUGCUGGUGUACUCCACAGCUACUGGUUGCUGGAAGGAUAUUCGAGCUCCUAAUUGGGGGAACAAAUUUCGCUACAUGGACCAAAUUGAUGUUGUUGUAGACGGGGUACUGUAUGCAGACUGUGAAGAUACAAUCAUCUCACUUGAUCUGCACGAGGAGGUUUUUGGCCUAGUUCCGUAUCCUGAGUUUGUUCAGAGGAAGGGGUCGUCUGUUUUGGACUUCGAGGGUUCUGUGGCUAUGGUCUUUGAUUCUGUGGUAUGGACGUUGGAUGAUGUUUGUGGUAAGGUGUCGUGGACCAAGAGAUUCAGUGUCAAGGAGUAUGAUUCCGCAAUAAUUAUAUGGCUGUCUUAUUAUUUGGGCGCGGGGGUGUUCUAUGGAAGUAAGUUUCUUCUGAAAUAUGAAUUUGAAUCUGAAUUGUUAUAUAAAAUGUUGUAUGAUUGUGAGAAGAAAGAGGACAAGUGUUUUGUUCUUCAACAACGCAGCAUCCCAAGAACUAUGAAAUACACAGAGACACUUGUUUCACUUGAUGGCUUUCAGUAUUUCGACUAAAAUUAGUCUCACUGGAAUAACAAUCUCUAGCAAAUAAUGAGUGAUUCAAUAGCUCCAAAAUUACGCUUUCACCGCAGACCUCUUCCAUUUUUCGAUAAAGGUAUCUAUUUUGUUUUUGUUACAGACUUGUUUUGUUAUUAGUUGAGUACCUGGGGUAAUAUUUCUUCAUUUCUUGUUGGCAUUGGCUUUAAUCAUGUAUUGA